CUCCACCGGUAUUCCCCCACUCCACUUUUGACUUGUCGAUCUCCAACGACACGUACAUUAAAAAUUCUCUCUCUCUACAUUCUUCCUUUCUUUUCCUCAAUUUUACUCUUUUCUCUGUACACACUCUCUCAUACAUACUUCCUACUUCAUCGGACAUUGUACAUCGCGCAUAACUCACUUGUACUUCUAUGGCGUCGCAUCAGCUCCCGCUCGCCGGCGACUCCGACCCGGAGCUGGAGCAAUCCUUGUCGACUCUGGAAAGCUUCCUUGGACUCCUCGGUUACUGCCAGCACACUUUCAUCCGGGCUACACUCUCCUGGCUGGCCUUCUUCCUACUUGCCGUCGCGCUGCCCCUCUUCGCCCUCGAGUUCUCUAGGUGCCCUGGCUGCGAGAAGUUCGAGAUCGAGACUUUCGAGCUUGAAAUCCUCGUCGCGCGGGCCGUAGUGGCCGCAGUUUCUCUUCUCUGCUUGUCGCGGAAUCUGCGCAAGUAUGGUAUCCGGAAGGCGCUCUUCGUUGAUAGAUGCCACGGUCACAUGACGCAGUUCCGCAAGCAAUAUAUUCAGAAGAUUCGAGUCUUUUACUGCUUGCUGGCUUCAUGGUUUGGGAUUUGCUUUCUAUUGAAGGCGGCACGGGAGGUUACUCGUUUGAUGUAUCUGCAUCAGGGUUCUUGGUGGUUGUCUGUCAUCUUGUUUUUUGCUUGUCUUUUAUCUUGGUCAUAUACAACACUGGUCUUUCUAUCUGGAUGUGCUUUAUUCAAUUUGGUUGGAAAUCUGCAAAUAAUACACUUCGAGAAUUAUGGGAAAGUUCUGGAGCGAGAUUUGGACGUCUCAGUUUACAUUGAGGAGCACAUGAAUCUGACCUAUGACUUAUCAAAGAUAAGUCACAGGUUCCGUAUCUUUCUUCUUCUGGAGUUCUUAAUCGUUACAGUUACUCAAAUUAUGACAUUAUUGCAGACAACAGAGAAUCAGAGUAUCAUCAAUUUCAUAAAUGGAGGUGAUUUUGCAGUGCUAUCUAUUGUUCAAUUAGUUGGAAUUGUUCUCUGUCUGAGUGCAGCAGCAAAGAUAUCACACAGAGCCCAGAGUCUUGGUUCAAUAGCUAGCAGAUGGCAUGCAUUGGUUACUUGCAAUUCUAAUGAUGCUUCGGGAUCUGGCCUUAUAGACAAUGGUGGAAAUGCUGAAUUCUGUCCUCGCCCAUUAUCCGUAAAUUAUUCAGAAAGUGAUUUGGAGUCAUCUGAUUACAUGCCCUUGCCCACAUAUGCACAAGUUACCUCUACUACAUCAUCAUAUCACAGGAGGCAAGCCUUUGUAACAUAUGUGCAGUCCAACACUGGUGGAUUCACCAUCUUCGGAUGGGUUGUUGAUCGGAUGCUCAUUAACACAAUCUUCUUUAUUGAGCUCUCCCUGGUUUUCUUUGUUCUCGGGAAGACCAUUACCAUCACCGUCAAAUAACUUCCAUGGACACUUUCAAUAUCUGUGUGCAGCAGAAUUUCUGUCUCAUCAUCCUUUAACACCCCUUUUCCUGUAGGGUGGCUAAAAUGCAUAUCCUACCAUCGUUAUAUUGUGUUUUUUAUUUAAUGUCAUAGCUAAUAGUUUAAAUUACUCUAUUUAACAUCUUGAAGAAUAACUUAUAUCAGAAGUAUUAGCCAUAUACUCUUUUUGCUGCUCGGAUUGAGCCUGUUUGGCCUGGUUACAAAUCAGAGGUAGGAUACUCCACGAUUCGCAGAUUUGCUGGAAGUGCGAAUAAGUUUUGUUUUCAUGGAUUAGUGAUGCAGCUUGGUUACAUCGAUUGAAAUGCCCUCAAAAUGACAAUGCUGGACCAAUUCUUACGGCCUCAACUGUAAGAUCUCUAUUAUAGCAUUUUGACCAGACUUCUGCUGUUUGUAUGUUUGUAAACGGUGCCUCCGAUACAUACCAGAGGUGCAACACUCAGUGUAAUGCUAUAGAUGUUUUUGGUAAUUAUUUAUUCAUUUCUGCCCUCCCUCUUUCA